AAGCUGCAGGUGAUCCACAGGUGAAUCUGCUGACGUCAUACAGGAAGUUGACAGAGGGACGUUGGAGUUUCUGUUGUGCUGGACAGGUGCUCGAGCAUUACGGACGUUGAUUUAUUCAAAGCGAAACGUGUGAGACGCUGCAGAGAUGUGCACCACAGAUAGAACCAAAAGGCAGAGGAGGCUGAUGAGAAAUGGACUGACGCUCAUCCUGGUCGGCCAUAUUAACUUCAUCCUCGGCGCUAUCGUCCACGGCAAUGUCCUCCGCCACAUCUCCAAACCCAGCCAGCACAUCACCACUGAGUACACGGUGGCCAACAUCAUCUCCGUCACCUCCGGGCUGCUGAGCAUUGUGUCAGGGAUUAUUGCCAUCUUGCUGUCAAGGAACCUUCGUGUGAUAAAACUGCAUAUAGGACUUCUAAUUACAUCAUUCCUGAACACCCUCGUCUCGGCAGCAUGCUGCACUGGGCUUCUCUUGGCCAUUAGUAUCACCGUUGUCAACAAUGGGCAGGGCUUGAUGCUGGGGUGUAACGACACAGGAGUGCCCAUCAACGCUCGGUCACCUGUCAGUGCCAAAUGCCCAUUUGAUUCAACACGAAUCUACGAAACCACCAUGGCGCUGUGGAUCCCUUGUGCUCUGUUGUCAGCGUUUGAGGCUGGACUGUCUGUCUGGUGCUUCAUUGUUGGAUUGGCUCUCCGAGGGCUGGCACCCUGCGGGAAACGCUUAAUCAAAGAGGAGUUGGAGGAAGAUGCUGAGCGCUCUCCACACAGCCAGCGCCUGAUUGGACAGCGAUCAAACUCUGACGCCUAAACGGAGCAAAAAGCAGGAAGGACAUCACUCCAUGUAGACGAGCACAGCCAAAACCCCAAGAGGCAUCGCUGCACCUGUACUGUCGAGACUAGCAGAUUUAGCAGAGUGUCACUUUCACUUAUAAACCAAACAGUUUAUAUUGUGUCUGAAGCUGUGAGCAGAAUAUAGUUGGGUUCGUCUCAGUGCAUGUGCACCUGAUGAAACACGUCAGUGGGUAAAAUCAUUCACAGCGAAGCAUCAUAAAACUCACAUCAACAAUGUUAAAACACCUGUCUUCCAAAAUGGAUGUUCAGUGUGUAUUUAUGUGUGUGAAAGCUACAAUGAGGUAUUAAUGUUGUUGUAUCAGUAUCCAUCCAUAAUUAGUAUGAAGUAACAUUUGUUUAUUUAAAAAAAGCAGAUUUUUAUAUCCAGCCACACUUUUUCAGCCUGUGUGAACUCUCAUGUCGGCAAAACACAUUUUAUUGUUCUAAAUGUUUUUAAUAUUGUAUCGUUUGUCCAGAGUCGGAAACCACUCCUCAAUGUUUGCCAACAUACUGAUCAUCUUAAAUAAUUGUGUUUAAUGCAAGCUGCUUAUAGCAUUGGUAAAUUUGAAGGUGAAGUCAUAGCAUGUAAACUGUAUGAUUUGCUAUGAAGUACCAAAUUAUCUUUUAUACUCCUUUAGAUGCAGUAUGUGGCUUUAAACUAAAUUUGACUUAUUUAAUUUGCUCUUUUUGAAACUAGUUUGCAUUAUUAGCUAAUAAUUAGUAUUAUUAGGUACAGCAAAUGCACUGUGUUUGAUAUGUUUUUUUGUUUGUCAUUCAUUUUGUAAAUUUGUCAUAAUGUCAUAAUUUGUUGUCAGCCUUGUGCUAGAAUGUUUUUGAAUUUCAUAGAAACGUCCCUAUGUGCAGUGAUAUAAAUGUAAUUUCUAGAUUAGAGAAACUGAAAUGGCUCAAUGGUUUAAAUAAUUUUCUGUGUGCAUCCGGAGUUACAGUAGGUCUCAUCACUUCACAUUCAGAUUAAAAUGCCGCAUCACAGGGAUACUUUAUUCUUCAAAAGUCCCCUUAAAAUUUAACCUGUGCAGUAAUACAAUUUGGCAUUGGUUUUGAAGCAUUGGGUCACAUGACAUGGAAGCUGUUGAAAAAUGAACAAUUGUCUUAUAAAAACAUUUUUUUGCUAAAUAAA